AAGAGCUGCUGUAAAUCAGUUUCAGCAAAGUGAAUUAUUAACUCAGAGCGACACUCCUUCUGCUGAUUCAGCCAUUCUUCUCGAUUACACUGACACAUUUCUUUUUCUGUCCUUCCUCCCAAGACUUCAUCGACGGCUCAAGCAGUUGUCAAUCAGCCCCUCUGAAUUGAAGUCACACCAAACUUGACAGAAGUCUUCUCAUCUAAGUCCAGGUUUUAGUGGCUUUGAAACAGUUCCAGUACAGUGCAGAUAAGGCGGCGAUAAGGACGGCCCUGGGCUGCCUCGACAGGACCGUUGUGAAAGUGUUGAGGUCUUCUGAGCAGGAAUGCAAUGACAGGUCUGGACCUGAACUUCCGCAUUUAACAGGAAGAAGUGAAGAGCCAGAGCGACAGAUGCAAUCCACACCAACACACCCAAAUGAGCCUGCAUGUAACUGUUUUUUGGUGGUGAGCCUGGUUUGAGAAUAAUAUUUUUAGGUGGAGCUGGUUUCCAUGAAGCUUUCGUCUUGAAACUAACUGGUGAAAAUCGGAUUAAAAACAUUUGAAAAGAUGGACGACAUAGACGCCAUGUUCACCGACCUGCUGGGGGAGAUGGACCUCCUCACACAGAGUCUCGAUCAACCAACAGUAGUUCCUGAACCCCUCCCCAGCACCACUGAAAUGAACUACUCCAUUGGAUUCACAGACCUUAAUGAGUCCCUCCAUGAACUGGAAGACCAUGAUUUGGAUGCUCUCAUGGCCGAUUUGGUAGCCGACAUCAAUGCAACAGAAGAGAAACUCACGGCGCAGAUGAAAGAUCAGAAGGUGCCACCACCGCCCUCAUCAGACCUGCCGGCCCCACCUAAGGGCCUAAGCACCUACUCUGCUUCCUCCAUCGCUUCCCCAACAUCACCCGCGAGCAGCACCGGCAGCAAUGUUAGCACCCCAGCCUCCUCCUCCGCCUCCCCAUUGCCACCUCCGCCUCCUCAGUCUGCAAAGCCUACAAUGGAGGAAAUCGAAGCGCAGAUGAAAGCGGACAAAAUCAAGCUGGCUCUCGAGAAGCUCAAAGAAGCUAAAGUGAAAAAGCUGGUGGUGAAGGUGCUGUUGACUGACGGCAGCUCAAAGACCCUGAUGGUGGACGAGAGGCAGAACGUCAGGGAGGUUCUGGACAAUCUGUUUGAGAAGACUCACUGCGACUGCAAUGUGGACUGGAGCCUGUGUGAGACCAACUAUGAACUGAAUCUUGAACGGAUAUUUGAAGACCACGAGAACCUUGUGGAGCCUCUGUUAGCGUGGACGAGGGACACCGAGAAUAAAGUCCUCUUUCAGGAGCGGACAGAGAAGAAUGACAUGUUCAGAAACCCACAGAACUUUUAUCUAUGGAAGAAAGAUAAGAAAGCGCUCAAAGAAAUAAAAGACAGAGACAAGGAGUUGCUAGUACAGGAGAACUUCUGCGGGACUUCUGUCAUCGUGCCCGAUCUCGAGGCCGUGCUGUACCUCAAAGAAGACGGCAAGAAGUCCUGGAAGCAGCGGCUCUUCCAGCUGAGGGCCUCUGGGAUUUAUUACGUGCCCAAAGGGAAGACAAAGUCAUCCCGUGACCUCGUCUGCUUUGUCCAGUUUGACAAUAUGAACGUGUACUACGGCAAAGACUUCAAGACCAGAUACAAAGCUCCAACUGACUUCUGCUUUGUCCUGAAGCAUCCUCAGAUCCAGAAAGACUCUCAGUACAUCAAGUACCUGUGCUGUGAUGAUGCUUGGACCAUGAACCUUUGGGUGACAGGAAUACGCAUCGCAAAGUACGGUGCGUCGUUGUAUGAAAACUUUAAAGCAGCAGAGAAGGCUGCCGUCAGCUCCGUGUGGACCAACCGCAGCACGCCAUCGAGCUCCAGUUCAUCGACACCUUCUCCCACCAUCAAAGCUAAAUCACCAAGCCAGGCCAAUGGUCACGCUCCGAAGCCCCAACCAGGACCUGUGUCUCAGGACUUUGGAAACGUCCCUCCUCCACCCCCACCAAUGGCGAAUAUUCUCCCCCCACCUCGUCCUGACGCGUUCCUUCCCCCUGCGCCUCCUCCUCUGGCACGCAAGAACUCAGCAAAACCUCCUCCUCCCCAGCGACACCUGCCUACAAACUUCCCUCCACCUCCACCUGCAAUGGACAACCUCCCUCCUCCACCACCGCCCCCACCAAUGGAUGACGCCUUAGAGGCCCCGCCGGACUUCCUCCCGCCCCCUCCUCCUGCCGCCGGCUUUGGUUCUCUUCCACCUCCUCCUCCACCUAGUAACUCCUUCCCACCACCUCCUCCCCCUGGUAGUUUUGGAAGUAUGGGCCAAUCUUUGCCACCUCCACCUCCUGAUCCGGGCUUUUUACCACCACCUCCACCUCAGCCAGUGUUUACAGGAGCCGGAGCCCCUCCUCCACCUCCUCCCCCGCCGCCGCCUCCAACAGCCGCCGCCGCUCCAAGAGCACCAGUUAGACCGUCUGGCUCAGUGAAGAAGAUUCCUCCUGCCACGCCUAAGCGUACUACACCAUCGCUACAAGGAGGUGGAGGAGGAGGAGGAGGAGGAGGAGGAGGAGGUGGGGACUUCAUGUCAGAACUGAUGCUGGCCAUGAACAAAAAGCGAAGUACUUAGGCUGAACCAAGAAUUUGUGGUCAAGUCAAGCUGCGUUCGCACAACUAACUUUAUCAGCCUCGACUUGAUUUCAGAAAGAAACAUCUCCAACAUGAAGUGAGAUGUCAUCUUUUUUCUAAACUGCCUGAAAUAAAAGCUCAUUAAGCAGGGGUACGAUGUUUCUUUUUCUGGACACCCUAAACUGACGUGCAUCCAUACACAUCUGUGAUCCAGUGAUGAAGAGGAUUCUCUGUGGUGUUUCUGGAGAUCUUGACUUAUUUUUCUUACAUCCUCAGAGUUGCAAAAGCAUAAAAACAAACAGAAAUAGGCUUAACUUACUCAUUAGUUUGGCCACUGGUAGCAUGACGUGUUGUGGUCCGGACUACCACAGUGAACGGUGUAUUGUUUUUGUAUUCUACAUCACCAGAAAAUGAUCCCAUCAUCACAAGAAAAACAAGCUUUGUUACCCCAGAAAUAAAGAAAAAUCAGUCGAGAUGUCGAGAAAACAACUGAAUAUAAGUCGUUAUUGCAGGAAAACCAGCAUGGUCAUCUUAUAAUAACAAGAUAAAUAAGUUGUAAUCUCAAGGAAACAACUUGUAAUUACUCAUUGUCACAGGGAAAAGGAGUAAAUCAAUGAUAUGUAGGCCUAUGCAUGUUGGUUUAGGGUUUAAACUAUAACUGUACAGAGAUCUAACACCUAGGACUGAGUAUAAUCUGCCGUCAUUAACAGGAUUUAUCUAUUAAGGCAUCAAACGUGUAUUAGAAAUGUAAAGUUGUCUUCAAACUUCAAAGAGAAAGAUUUACAGAAUUGUAUAUAUAUUGCCACAUGUCUGUAUGGACGCCUGUAAAUACUUUAGAAACACUCAAUAGAUAAGCAUUCUGUGUAUAAAUAUACUGUACUUUUUAAAAGACGUCGCCUUAAUAAACUUUUAAAUUCCAUGAA